AUGUUCAGGCAGAGCGUGCGCAGACUAACCACCACAGCGCAUAAAGCUGCAGAAGUAGCUUCUAAGGUUGAGAUGUCAAAUCAAUAUGGGGUACAACUGGCUAAAGCACAGGGACAUGUCAAUGGCUUUGUUGGAGCCAUUGGCAAUACCCCUCUAAUUCGCCUCAAACGAUUAUCCGACGAGACAGGCUGCGAGAUUUUAGGUAAAGCCGAAUUUCAAAAUCCUGGAGGUAGCGUGAAGGACCGUGCAGCAUUGUAUGUGGUCAAGGAUGCCGAAGAGAAGGGUCAACUGCGGCCAGGAGGCACUGUUGUUGAAGGCACCGCGGGAAACACAGGCAUUGGCCUGGCACACGUUUGUCGGUCAAAAGGCUACCAAUUAGUAAUAUACAUGCCGAAUACACAAUCACAGGGAAAGGUCGACUUGCUGAGAUUGCUGGGUGCCGAGGUCUAUCCUGUGCCGGCCGUGGCGUUCGAAAAUCCCGAGAAUUACAAUCAUCAAGCCAAGCGACACGCAGAGCGAUUAGAUAAUGCAGUAUGGACAAAUCAGUUCGACAAUAUUGCAAACAGAAGAGCCCACUUAGAGACAACGGGACCGGAAAUAUGGAACCAAACAGAUGGCAAGAUUGAUGCGUUUACAUGUGCGACUGGGACUGGUGGCACAUUAGCUGGUGUCACGAGAUACCUGAAAGACGUCUCAGGCGGUAGAGUCAAGACAUUUUUAGCGGAUCCGCCCGGAAGUGUAUUGCAUUCAUACAUUACCAGUGGAGGCCAAUUGAAAGAACGCACGGGCUCCAGUAUCACAGAAGGUAUUGGUCAGGGUCGGGUCACGGACAAUCUCAAGCCAGAUAUAGACCUGCUAGACGGUGCAGUACACAUCAGCGACGAAAGAAGUAUUGAGAUGGUGUAUCGAUGUCUCGACGAAGAAGGACUUUACUUGGGCGCAAGUUCGUGUUUAAACGUUGCGGCGGCGAAGGAAGUGGCAGAAAAGUUGGGCCAGGGAAAUACAGUAGUGACAAUACUCUGUGACGGUGCAUACAGAUAUGCCGACAGACUAUUUUCGCGAAAGUGGCUCUCAGAUAAAAAUCUCCUGCGUGCAAUACCGGCGCAUUUAGAAAAAUAUGUUGUGCUGCCUUAG